AUGAGAAAGGCAGACAGUAUAUCUACAUAUCUAUCUAUGCUAUCCAUAUCUAUCUAUCUAUCUAUCUAUCUAUCUUCACUUUCCAUAAUAUUCAUCGUCUUUUUCGAUGUUUGUUUCUUCAUUCUCUCGUCUAAGCACCUUCGCUGUUUCUUCUUCGUCUUGUUUUCCUGUAUUGAGUACGCUUUAGCAGCGUCCACUGAAGCAGUGAGGAUUUACCUUCAUUGUUUCAAGAAAAUAUUUUAUCUUCUUACUUCUUGCGGUCCUAUCUAUCUAUCUAUCUAUCAGUCAGGAAUUUAUGGCCAAACUAGUAUCUAUCUAUCUAUCUAUCUAUCUAUCUAUCUAUCUAUCUAUCUAUCCAGAUAUAUAAAUAUUUAUAAAACCAUUUCAUUCAAUGUACACCAUUCUAUUUCUAACCAUGUAAAUAUAUUCAUAUAUAUGUAUGUCUCUAAUUCAUGUCAUAUCUAUCUAUCUAUCUAUCUAUCUAUCUAUCUAUCUAUCUAUCUAUCUAUCGAUCCUUGCAUUCUCUACAAUAAAAAUCAUUUUCUUUUACUCCUUGCCAGGUGCCUUCCUCAUCCCUUAUUUCAUGACAGUUAUUGCUGCAGGAAUUCAAUGUAUCUCUUGGAACUUACGCUUGGACAAAUGUGCAGCUCUGGAGGUCUGGGAGUCUGGAAAAUAUGCCCCAUCUUCAAAGGAGUGGGUUACGCCGCAGUAGUGAUAGCCUUCUGGUUAAAUAUUUGGUAUAUCGUCCCAUUGGCGUGGGCGCUUUUCUACCUGUUCAAUUCAUUCAAAAGCAUUCUGCCCUGGUCUCACUGCAACAAUGAGUGGAACACCGACAAAUGUCUCUCGGAAUACGAACGGAAUUUCCUUCCCUACAAUUGCUCCAACUCCACCUACUGGAAAGAGGUGGUACCAGUCAAGGACGUUAACCUCACAUAUUUACUUUCGAACUAUACGCACAUGAACUGUUCCCGUGAGUACGACUGGAACGCGUUCACUUCACCCGUCCGAGAAUAUUGGGUGAACCGUGCUUUGCAAUCUACAUCAGGAAUCACAGAAACUGGGGGUCUAUGUUGGGAAUUGGCGGCUACCUUGCUUUUAGCGUGGGUGCUUUGUUAUUUUUGCAUAUGGAGAGGUGUCAAAUGGACCGGAAAAGUUGUUUAUUUUACAGCACUUUUUCCUUAUGUUCUUCUCUUCAUUCUCUUAAUUCGAGGAAUUACACUUCCGGGUGCCAUUGAUGGUAUUCGCUACUACAUUUAUCCCAACAUUAACCGCCUUACUGAUUCUCAGGUUUGGGUAGACGCUGUAACUCAGAUUUUUUUCUCUUAUGGUCUUGGAGUUGGCUCCUUGAUCGCUUUGGGCAGCUACAACAAUUACCACAACAACGUCUACAAGGACGCCGUAGUUAUCUCAUUCUUAAACAGCGCCACUAGCCUUUUCUCUGGAUUCGUCAUCUUCUCUGUCAUUGGCUUCAUGGCUUACGAACAGAAACAACCAGUCGAUAAGGUUGCCGAGUCUGGACCUGGAUUAGCAUUUUUGGCGUAUCCAUCGGCUGUUGUCCAACUUCCGUUCUCUCCUCUCUGGGCAGUUCUUUUUUUCCUGAUGAUUCUUUUCCUCGGUAUGGACAGCCAGUUCUGUACAAUGGAGGGAUUUUUCACUGCACUGAUUGAUGAAUUUCCUCACCAUCUGCGAAAAAGACGUGAAUCAUUUAUUGCGAUUGUCUGCUUCGUGUCUUUCCUCAUUGGCUUGUCUAUGGUCACUCAGGGAGGCAUUUAUGUAUUCCAGAUCUUUGAACAUUAUUCUGCGAGUGGAAUCUGUCUUUUACUUUUCAUCUUCUUCGAAUGCAUUGCCAUCUCUUGGUCAUACGGUAUCAACCGUUUCUAUGAUAAUAUGAAAGAUAUGAUUGGAUACCAUCCACAUUUCAUUUGGAAAAUCAGCUGGGUUAUUACAGUGCCAUUUAUUUGCUUGGGUGUUUUCAUUUUCACUGCCGUCAAACAUGUGCCUGUCAAGUACAUGGAUUAUGAGUUUCCUGCCUGGGCUCACAUGAUCGGAGCAUUUAUGAUCCUGUCUUCCAUACUGGCAAUACCUGGUUAUGCUAUUUACAUCUUCAUCAAAACUCCCGGCGACUUCAAAACGAGAUGCAAGCUGUUGUUUCGUCCCGACAUUGAUAUACGAGAAGGUUUCAACGACAACCCGCCUCCAUAUUCGUCAAUCAAUGCGGCUGAUGCUGAGCCCACCCCUCUGUGA